AUGCAUGAAGAAGAAACACAGGCAGGAGGACUGCCGAACGUUGAAGUUGCAGCGGUCCCCCCACUACAAGGUGCUACCCUUUUACGCCGAGGAGCCGGAGCUGUGGUUCUCUCAGCUGGAGGCUUCAUUCCAGCAAAUCUCGAACCUCGAUUCGCCAUGGAAGUUCGGGAUAUCAUACGAGAGCCACCACAAUCAGACAGGUAUGAAAAAUUAAAAUCUGAGUUAAUUCGACGCUUAAGUUCGAGCCAGGAACAAAAAACGCGCCGCCUCCUGGAACACGAAGAACUGGGAGAUAGAAAACCGUCACAAUUCUUGCGGCAUCUGCAAGGAUUAGCAGGUUCGCAUGUUUCAGAAAGUUUAGUACGUUCCUUAUGGAUCGGUCGUCUGCCGAACCACAUUCAAGCAAUCCUCGCCGGUCAAUCACAAUCGAGCCUCGAUACAAUAACCGACCUGGCUGACUCAAUUUACGAAAUAGAUUUUCGAAAGCACGUACUUGAAACCAGUAUUCCGUGUUCAUUUCAAUCUAUGGUUGAAGAAUUGCGGAACGAAAUCACAUAUUUGAGACGCGAAGUAGCUGCAGUUAUUUCAAGCAGAGAAAACUCAAAUCGUUCCGCGCGUACAGGACGCAAUCGAUCGCGAUCGCGCUCGCGAACAGAGCAACAAAAAUUACAGGAUAAUGGCAAUUGUUGGUAUCAUGCGCGUUUCGGUGAAAAGGCAAGUAAAUGCAUUAAACCCUGUUCAUAUAAAGCGGGAAACGGACAGAGCCAUCGUUAG